GGCAUUAAAGUUAGUACGUCCUUAUAUUAUAACUGUUAAUAUUUUAUAUAUAGUUUUUUAAUUGAUAGAAAAGCAAUAUUCAGAAAUAAUAUUAUUAUCAUGUCAACAAGAUUAACUUUUUCGGGAUAUAAACAAAUGCGAUGGUUCUCAACAAAACAAAAAAUGGAAGUUAUAGAUACUGUGAAUAAAUCACUUUCAAAUAAUAGACUUAAACAUAAAGAACACCCAGGUAUAUUAAAACCUAGACAAGUACAGCAACCAAGUUGGCUUGCAGACACAGUUCGAAACAUUCUACACGAUAGAACCGUUUCAUUACAAGUCAUAUCUGCGAGCAGUAAAAAAUUAGCAGCACAUCUACAUAAUCGAAAGCUUCCACCAGAAAAGAAAGAUAUUCGUUUGAAAAUGAAAGAAGUUCAGUCAAGAUUUAACCAACAUGAAAUGCAAGAUUCAAAUAACGAUGAUGAAUUUAAAUACUCAGAAGCUAACAGGCUUCUUAAAAGUAUUGUUUAUAAUUGGGCACCGAUUCAAUACGAUAGUUACACAAGCUUAGCAUAUUUAGUUAAUAGAAGUAUGCCUGAAUAUUCUGUUUUGUAUAAAAUUUUCAACGAAAUUGUUAAUAAUGAUAAAAAUUUCAUGCCAAAGACAUUAUUUGAUUUUGGUUCGGGUACUGGAACAGUUAUGUGGGCAGCCUCAAAAUUCUGGGUUAAUUCUAUUCAGGAGUAUUAUUGCGUUGAUAUUUCUAAAGAUAUGCAUGAAUUGUCUGAAUACCUCAUAAAAAGAGCUAUACCACAAGUUAAACCAAGAUAUAUUUUCUAUCGGCAAUUUUUUCCUGCAUCUCCAGUUCCAACUUACGAUAUUGUAGUGAGUGCGUACUCUUUAUUCGAAUUACCGCAUCAAAUGUCUCGUCUUGAAACAAUUUCAAAAUUAUGGCAUAAAACAGAACAAUAUUUGAUUAUUAUAGAACAAGGAACGAAUGCUGGAUUCAAACUAGUUAACGAAGCACGAGAUUUUAUAUUGAAGUCUAAAAAAGCCUAUGAUGCUCAUGUAUUUUCACCUUGCCCUCACGAUAAAGAGUGCCCUAGGUAUAUGACAGAUAAGACUCCUUGUAAUUUUGAAAUUACUUACCUAACAUUACCUAUUGGUGAAAACUCGAUGUACAAACGUGAACGUUACUCGUAUGUGGUACUCAAAAAAGGUAACCGUCCUGAAAAUGAUUGUAAGUGGCCUCGAAUUGUCAGACAAGUAUUGAAACGUUCUAGACACGUUAUAUGCCGUAUGUGUACAUCUUCCGGAAAAUUAGAAGAACAAAUUUUUACCACAUGGAAAAGUGGAAAAAAUACAUAUCGUUGUGCAAGGAGUAGCGAAUGGGGUGAUCGUCUACCUUUUGAAAUCGUAAAAGUAGAGGGAGAGGAAAAAGUAGAACAAGAAGAAGAAAUAGAAAAAGAGAAAGAACAUACAUGAAUAAUUUAUGCGUAAUUUAGUAACUGCACAAUAAAAAAUAUUUGAUUAUAUUCAUGUUUGACUGUGUUCGCUUAGAGACGCGUCUGCGGUGUGACUCGUCAACGAGAAUCAUAAAUUCUCGUCUCGAAUGUGCGUAUGAAUGUUCAGUGUACACGGGACGGUACCGUUUCACUGCGCGUCUUGUGCGGAAAGCUGAGUGUAAGUGAUAUAUGUGGAAAAGAUGAAAAUUUGAGAUGGACGAGCCUAGAACAUGGGACAAGCGGAUUAGUCAAUUAAAAAUUUCGGUGAAGAAGUAAGGGUAACGGUCAUCGCUGUUAAUUGGUUGGAAAAACUGAUAGGAAAAAAUGAGAACCGACCGCCCCAAACCGAAGCCCCCAAACGUAGAUACGAAGCGUACUCUCGAGUGACGAACGCGGAAAUCGCGCGUGUCCCAACAUUUAAUCACAGAUUUUAGGCAGAACAGGCAGAAUUAAUGGUAAUAAAGAUUAAUUUUCGGCACGGCAGUAACGACUUCUUGGGGACUAUCGCUGGUCCGAGUGAAUGCGUUAAGGGAAACAUAGACGGGAGAAGAUACAUGGCAUCUUUAGAAAAUUAGAAACGGUUACUCUCGAACGGUUGUUGUGACUGAAAAAAUGACCGAGUGUUUAUCGACUGGAUCGCGAAAUCACGGGCACAAGCUCUAUAUUUGUACAAUGAAGAGAAGUAUUUGUAAUAAAGACGAACAAAGCAAGCUACGCUAUAGCAACUCGUUAAAAGUCAAAUAAUAGCAACGCUGAUCGCCUGAACUUAUAGUAAGAUCUAGAGAAGAUAUCGACUCGUUCAAAAAUACUACAAUAGUUGCAUAGUUUGGGAAUUCUGAGAUCGUUGGGAAAAAGGAGUCAACUCGGAAGAACACGGUAUAAAGAACAAGCAUUGCAAUUACUAAGUCGAAGUAAUCGAAGGACUGUCGAUGUAAUUAUUAAUGAUUUUAAAUAAAAAGAAAACA